CAAAUAAUUUACCGCACCGACCGUGUCACACACUCCUGCAGGGCAUCACUCUCCAGGCUGGGGACGCGCUUCAACCGGAUCCUGUUACUUAGUGCGCUCCUGGCUCUGUAUAAACCAGAACAUGCGCGUUUUUACUUGAUCGGACCUAGAAAAGAAAAAGUUGUCUUUGUUUUUUUUGUCUUUUUUUGUUAUUUUUGAUUGAUCAGCUUCAAUGCCCGAAUCAGCAACGAUGAGCAAAAACGGGAUGAUAACAAAAAUCCACACGAGGAUAAGAACCGACCCCUUCACGGCCAAUUACGAGUUAGUCGGUAAAGAACUGGGCAGGGGAAAGUUUGCAGUGGUGAAGAAGUGCAUCGAGAAGUCAACAGGGAAGCAGUACGCUGCCAAGUUCCUGCGAUUGCGACGGAAGGGCGCAGACUGCCGCACGGACAUCUUGAACGAGAUUGCCGUGCUCGAGUCAGCCAAGACAAACCCCUAUGUGGUGGCACUGCAUGAGGUCUAUGAAACCAGCCACGACAUCAUCCUCGUGUUGGAAUGCGCUGCCGGUGGUGAAAUCUUCAACCAGUGUGUCGCUGAUAACGACGAGGCCUUCACAGAACAAGACGUGAUCCGACUGGCCAAGCAGAUCCUGAACGGCGUAGCCUUCCUGCAUCGGAACAAUGUAGUGCAUCUGGAUCUCAAACCCCAGAACAUCCUGCUGACCUGUGCCAGGCCUCUGGGGGACAUUCGCAUCGUGGACUUUGGCUUGUCCAGACGCAUGGACAACAUCACAGAAGUUCGGGAGAUCUUGGGCACCCCUGAGUAUGUCGCACCAGAGAUCCUGAAUUAUGAACCCAUUAGUACGGCUACAGACAUGUGGAGUAUCGGGGUCCUGAUCUAUUUCAUGCUGACUGGAGACUCUCCUUUCCUGGGCGACAAUAAGCAGGUGACAUUCCUGAAUAUCUCCCAGGUCAACAUCGACUACUCAGAAGACACUUUUGAGGGGAUUUCUUCGCUGGCAAUUGACUUCAUCAAGUCUGUGUUGGUUAAAGACCCAAGGAUGAGAGCCACGGCAGAGGAAUGCCUCAACCACCCUUGGCUGAACCCACACCCACACCCCCACCCCCACUCCCACCCGCACCUCCACUCCAGGUCGGACUCCUCUUUAGACGAGCAGGAGACCAGCCAGUCGGAGUCGGAACCCGAGAGCCCGGCUCCGUCUCCCGAGCUGGACCUGAUGGGGUCGUACCGUACGUAUCCGAACCAGGGCGAGCUGAAAACGGGCCGGGAUGCCUUUUCCUUCGGCGAGUCUCCUUUUCCCACGCGACCCGAGAUUCAGCAGGAGUUGAUCUGCUGAACGACGACGUCUCACCGGAGCAGACACUGAAAAAAGCCUGUGAGAUGGCAGCUUCCACGCUAUAUUGACGCCGCCGGCUGCUUCUACUGCUGUGGCGGCUUUGAGCUGGGCUGUACGCACUGUAGUUCCAUGCCUCUGCGUGUGUUUGAGUAAAUACAUGCCACUCUGUGCUGAUUUAUGAUUUGCACGGGAGGAAGAGGAGGAUGAAGAUGAAGAGACAGCGCUCAACCGCAAAGGAUUUAGUGUCAGGACUGCGAACGCUGCCUUUAAAAAGUGACAGAAGCGAAGUGACUGUACGCACACUGGGUUCUCUCCUCACCCCAUUAGUCUCUGGGUUUUUUGAGGAGACGCAGCCUCCUGCUUCCUUUUGGGAAAUGACUUCAUUUACUGUGCGCUCUCAUCAAAACAAGUCCUGCUUCAUGAGUUUUUCGUUGAAGGAUUAAUUUUGACAGAUGGUUGUGCUUAACUACGACAGAGUUUUAGGACCACAUAAGAAAAAAAAAACGCUUGUCACUAUGAGAAUAAAGUCGUUAUUUAAUGAGAAUAAAGUCAUUUAA